AUGUCUACAGAUGAUCUUUCUCCCGUCGACUCGACUACUUCACAACUGAAGAAGGAGGACUAUGAGGAUGUCAGCAUACUUCGGAAUGGAAGGAGACUUGGGCAAGAAGAAGUAGAGGAAGAGAGGUCGGCAAGGUCAAUAGAAGCAGUAGGAAAGGCACAAUCCGAACAUCACCUACAAGCCCAACGCACCCAUUCCACCGCACGAUCAACACGCUCGCACCAUUCUUAUACGGACGGCUAUACACACUUUGGCCACGAGGAUGAAGAGAAGCGUGAUAGAAGCGCGGUUCCUGCCGGCGACGAUGUGGACCCAGAGAAGCAAUACGAGGUCCAGUUCGACGGCGAUGCCGACCCUCUGAGCCCGAGAAACAAGAGCACAUUUCGCAAAUGGCUGAUCGUGAUCAUCAUCUCGGCGUCUUCGCUUUGCGUGACCUGCGCAUCCGCACUGUACACCAGCACUUACCAGCAGAUGGAAAAAGAGUUUCACAUAAGUCGAGAGGUAGCGACGCUCGGCCUUACAACCUACGUUGUUGGUCUCGGUUGCGGUCCGAUGUUCCUUUCGCCGCUAUCAGAGUUUUAUGGGCGACGCAUAGUAUACAUCUGUGCCUUUGGGAUGUACUUCAUCUGGCUCAUACCCUGUGCUGUCGCGCAAAAUAUCCAGACGAUGCUGGUUGUACGGUUUCUCGAUGGACUGGCAGGGAGUGCGUUUCUUAGUGUGGCUGGCGGGACAGUCGGCGACAUGUUUCCAAAGGAGAAGCUGUCGGCGCCCAUGAUGAUCUAUACCGCUUCUCCGUUUGUCGGACCAGAGGUGGGACCAUUGAUAGGCGGCUUCAUCAACCAGUUCGCAAACUGGCGCUGGAGUUUCUGGGUACUGGUCAUAUGGGCGGGCGUUCAAUGGGUGCUGAUCCUUAUCUUCGUGCCAGAGACAUACGCACCGGUGCUGCUAAGACGUAAAGCAGUCCAGCUGCGGAAGGAGACGGGAGACGAACGAUGGCAGGCGCCAAUCGAAAAGAUGAACAAGUCUGUUGCCAAAACAGUGCUCUGGAGCUGCAUUAGGCCUUUCCAGCUACUAUUCUUCGAGCAGAUGGUGCUAAAUCUGUGCCUGCUUUCCGCUAUCUUGCUCGGUAUCCUAUACCUGUUUUUCGGAGCUUUCGCCGUCGUAUUCGAAAACAACCACCACUUCAACCAGUGGCAGACGGGUCUCACCUUUCUGGGUAUCUUCGUGGGGAUGGUGAUUGGUGUCAGCUGCGAUCCUAUCUGGAGACGAAACUGUAGGACGAGCCCAUUGCUUAUGGGUUACAACGGGGGCGCGGCACAUGCUGACGACAAGGCUGUAGAUGUCAGGCUUGUACGAAACAACAACGGAGUGUCAGAGCCCGAGUUCCGUCUGCCUCCCACGAUCCUGUGA